CCCUCCGCCCCGUCGCCGGGCGGGGGCUGGAGCCGGGUCCGGUGCCCGGGAAAGCAGAGGAGGAGCGGCAGAGGGAAGGAGCGGAGCCUGUUCUCGUGCGGGCAGCGUUGCGGGGAAUCCAGGAGGGAAGGGGCGAGGAGGACGAGGAAGCAGGCGGCGCAGGGAGGGAGUCCCGGAGCCGACCCUCCCCGCCGCGGCGGAGGGCGGACCACGAUGCCCGGCCGAAGAGCGCUGCCCGCCCGCCCUCCCGGAGACCGCCGCCCGUAGCGCCGCGGCAAAACCUCCGUGGCAGAGAAAGGAGAGAAAUGCAGGCGUUUUGAUCAGCUGUCAAUGACAGCUUGCAGGUAGACAGAUCCAAGCUCUAAGGUUGUACAGUAGUUCUCUGGCUCCUUGUGGUGAGUUUUAAAAUGUACUGGAGAUUGUUCUAAACUGAAGCAAGCAGAGCCUCAACCUUCAGUAUAUGUGCUAAGAGAUCCAGGAUAUAAAGUUCUGAAGAGUGCCUCCCCAAGAAGUGUGAUGAGAAAUGGCUUUAGGAAACAAUACCCAGAGAAGUUAUUCCAUCAUCCCCUGCUUCAUCUUUGUUGAGCUCGUCAUCAUGGCUGGGACUGUUCUGCUCGCCUACUACUUCGAAUACACUGACACUUUUCAGGUGCAUAUCCAAGGUUUCUUCUGUCAGGAUGGCAAUUUGAUGAAACCAUACCCUGGGACAGAGGAUGAGAGCUUCAUUUCACCACUUGUGUUGUACUGUGUGCUGGCUUCAACUCCAACAGCGAUUAUUUUUAUUGGUGAGAUAUCCAUGUAUUUCAUAAAGUCAACCCGAGAAACCCUCAUUAUUCAAGAGAAAACUAUUUUGACUGGAGAGUGCUGUUACCUGAAUCCACUGCUUCGAAGAAUAAUACGUUUUAUAGGAGUGUUUGCAUUUGGACUUUUUGCCACUGACAUCUUUGUAAAUGCUGGCCAGGUUGUGACUGGAAACUUGGCUCCCUACUUCCUGACUGUGUGCAAACCCAACUACACUGGAAACGACUGUCGAGCCCACCACCAGUUCAUAAACAAUGGCAACAUCUGCACAGGGGAUGUGGAGGUGAUUGAAAAGGCCAGGAGAUCCUUUCCAUCCAAACAUGCUGCUUUGAGCAUCUACUCAGCUUUAUAUGCCACGAUGUACAUCACAAGCACAAUUAAAACAAAGAGUAGCAGGCUAGCCAAGCCCGUGCUGUGUCUGGGAACCCUGUGUGCUGCCUUCCUCACUGGGCUAAAUCGAGUGUCUGAGUAUCGAAACCACUGUUCAGAUGUGAUUGCAGGCUUCAUCCUGGGGAGUGCUGUGGCCUUGUUUCUGGGGAUAUGUGUUGUCCAUAACUUUAAGGGCAGUCAUGCAGCUCCUUCUAAACCGAAGCCUGAAGACCCACGAGGAAUGCCACUAAUGGCUUUUCCCAGGGUGGAAAGUCCUCUGGAGACACUGAGUGCACAGAAUCACUCUGCCUCUAUGACUGAAGUAACCUGAGAUGGGAGAUCAGCAGCUGAAGCUAUUUUUUACUACCCUCCAGUAAAAUACUCCAAGACACACAGUUACUAAAUGUCUAACUGUGAUGACCAGUAUUAUGUUAUGUCUAGUUAGAGGCUAAUGUUUUGUACUUUUUUUGUAUGAGGAAGUGAUGUAGCUUGCCCUGAUUUUUUGUCAGCUUUAAUAUUAUUAUGCCAGACUUUAAAAGCAAAACAGAAAAAGAACAAAAAAAUCCCUUUUCUUGUUUAAAGUGUGCACUGAGGAACUACAUCUAUAGAAUUGUUGAUGUUGUUAUGUGAUAUUUGUACACAAAUUUUUUUCUUCUCAGUUUUGAAUUUAUAUAUCUUGUGGGGGAAAAAAUCACUUUUACCUUUUCUUACCAUAAGAAGUGCUGGGUCAGAUUCUCAUUGGACUAAACUCAGCAUGGAUUAGAAGUAAUUGCAUAUAUUUAAUUCCUAUGAAAAUAACAGUGAUCAGGAAUCUAACCUGAAUGAUACUAUCAACAAAAAACAAAAAUCCAUCUUUGAUUCAGUGAGCUACUUAAGUGUUCCCUAGGUCUCAUGGACUUCAGUUGCCACCCAGUUCCCAAACUAGAAGCAUGUCCUUAAGCACCUCACUGAAUCAAAGCCUGGUUGUUCUGGUGUGGGUGAUUGUGCUAGUUAUUGAAGAAUAACUAAAACAACAUCCCUGGUCUGCAGUAUAGACAGACUGGACGUCAAAAUUUAUAGUAGUAGCUGAUAGCAUGUGAGCUGACUAUAUCAUCUCCCUAGAUCCACAUUCCUCCCCGAGGCCCAGCUAAAGCUCCCAGUGAAACCUGGCUUCAGGAAUUGACUAUGGGGAUAUACAGCCACCACUGCGGGGCUGAGGCUGCGCUUUAAGUGUUUCAUCCUUUCAUCAUAGAUUUGUGGGGUAACUAGUGACACUGGUGCAAAGGAAAUGUAGCACCACUCCUUCACCAGGGUGGCAUUCCUUGGCUUUCAAACUGGCACAGCCAAGAAGCCAGUUUUGCUGACCCAAGUAUUUUUUUUUUUCCUGAGGGGCUUUGAAAAGACAGGAAAAAAAAAGACAAAGACAAGAAAAGACAG